AACUAUUAAACAUUUAAUAUUCCUGGAAUUCUGUCAAUCCUGGUCUCUCAAAGGUGAAUGGCUGCUGAACGGACAGUACAGUUCCCAAUAAUUCAAUAUUUCCUACAGAAAUUAACAGGAACGGGGUCCCCUAUUCCCUCGAACCCCUCUAUUUGAAUUAUUUGAAUUCUAGUCUACUCGGCUUGGCUCUACUAGACUUGUACAACUUAUACCAUAUACCACAAUCCCCCCAUACGUUCGUCUUUCAAGCUCUUUCGACUCCGCUCUUGCUCGCUACACUUGCAUCUCUUAAGCGCCCAUCCGCCCAAUCUGCGAAUCGCCAAAAUCAACUGGCGGCUGCGACUAACACCAACGCAAAUCGAUACAGUGCAACGGCCACCGACCCCUUCCUGAACCCGUCCCCCCCCUUUGUGCAACCUACCUCCUGCAUUCCGUGUCUAGAUCCGGCCUCCUCGCACCUCUGCACCUUCACCUCGCACUCACGGCGAACAAAUCCCGCAUCGCCACCCGCACACGAACCCAACUCCCCCCCUCUCACCAGCAGAAAACUAAUCUACAAACCCAACCCCAAGGCCACGGCCGUUGCAGAGAGCCUGCUCCCUCCAACUAAAACACACACUACCGCAUCGGCGUAUCCACCCCACCCCACCCGCAACGAUGUCGGCCGAAGUCUUCGGCGUGCGCACGAUGAAGCGCAAGAACGUGAAGGGCCUCGCGCUCAACGCACCGGCCCCCCGCGCCCCGGCGCCCUCGAAUGACGACCACGCUGCCCUCGACGACGCCGCCAGCGGCCGCACGGCGCAGCUCGAGAUCGGGAUCGAGUACAAGCUUGAUUUGAAGCGGGAGGAUCUCGAGGUGCUGAAGGAGCUUGGCAGCGGGAAUGGGGGGACCGUUAGUAAGGUCCGACAUAUCGCGACGGGGACGGUGAUGGCGAGGAAGGUCAUACAUGUGGAGGCGAAGAAGGAGAUUCGUCGCCGGAUCGUGCGGGAGCUGCAUAUCAUGCACGAGUGCAACUCGGACUACAUUGUGAAUUUCUACGGCGCCUUCCUGAGCGAGAGCAACGAUGUCAUCAUGUGCAUGGAAUACAUGGACGUUGGCUCCCUCGACCGCAUCUCCCGCGACUUCGGCCCAAUCCGCGUCGACGUUCUCGGCAAGAUCGCCGAGGCCACCCUCGGCGGCCUAACCUACCUCUACAUCAAGCACCACAUCAUGCACCGCGACAUCAAGCCCUCCAACAUCCUCGUCAACUCGCGCGGCUUCAUCAAGCUGUGCGACUUCGGCGUCUCCGGCGAGCUGGUCAACUCCGUCGCCGACACCUUCGUCGGGACAUCGACCUACAUGGCGCCCGAGCGCAUCCAGGGCGAGAAGUACACCGUCAAGUCAGACGUGUGGAGUUUCGGGCUGUCGAUCAUGGAGCUUGCUAUUGGGAAGUUCCCGUUCGAUGCUAGCGAGCACCUGUCGGAUGGCGAUGCCGCGCCGGCGGGUAUCCUCGACCUCCUCCAGCAGAUCGUGCAUGAGCCUGCGCCACGGCUGCCGAAGAGCGAGGCGUUCCCGCAGAUUCUGGAGGAUAUGAUCCAGAAGUGCAUGUCCAAGCGACCUGAAGAGCGUCCUACGCCUCAAGAACUCUACGAACGCGAACCCUUCGUCCAAGCCGCAAAACGCACCCCCGUCGACCUCCGCGACUGGGCCGUCUCCCUCAUGGAAAGACACAACCGCCGCUCCCACCUCGCCCCGCAACUCUCGCCCGCAACACAGGAACUCCUCCGUUCCUCCGACACGCCUUCCGCCACCCCUCCUCCCACCACCACCUCGACCUCCACCUCGUCUUCCAUCCUCACGCCCAGAUCCGCAACUGGUGAUAUCCCAAUAACCACCGAUCCGCGUAUGGCGGCGAUUAGCCCGAGGGAAAUGGUGGUGAAUACGAUUAAUGGGAUUCGCUCACCUACUAAGGCUCCGCCGCCGGUGCCGAGUGCGAGGACGCCAAGCGUGCCGCAGCAGCAGGGACAGGGGAAUGGGCCGCCGGGGGGGCCGUUGCCGGCGCCGCCGGUGCCGAGGAAGGAGGAGAGGGGAGGGGGUGGGGGGGGAGGUAUUUUGGGGUGGAUGGGGGGGGUGGGUAUUAAGGGGGGAAGGGGGGAAGGGGGAAGGGGGGGAGGAGGGAAGCGAUGA